GCCGCCGGAUCUGCACCGAACUGAGCAAAAAACAGCAAACAAACAAAGCAAACCAACAUAUAAACAAACAAACCAAAAAAACCCACACAAAACAAAAAACAAAGCCAGAUCUGCAAGGGGAUGGUGAAGAUUCGAGGUGAAAGAACGGAGGUGAUGGUGGCGAUGGUGGAUCUGCAGAAGGGAGAAAAAUCAAGGUAUCCGGUACAUACCGUUCCAGUAACAAAAUCGAUACGCAUGCCGGUACAGUAUUGACUACUUUGCUUACGGCACACGGACCGAGAAAGAAUUUGUGGAUGGAGAGCAGUAAAGCGCCUGGAUUUCCUCGGGAACACAUGCCUUACGGGAAACGGCAGAUAUUCUGGCAGGAGAUGGCAAAGGGAAGAGUCCCAUUUGUUCGAUUCUUUGCCGGAUGAUCUAGUCAUUUCUAUUAUCUUCAAGUUCAGCUCCUCCGCCGGUUGUCCUUCGGAUUUCGUCACCGUUCUGAUGACAUGCAAGAGAUUAAAUAGUUCGGUGCUUCAUUCUUUUGUGUUAUGCAAAGACUCAUCGAAAAUGUUACCUAUUAAUGCAAAGAACUGGUCGGAGUCUGCUCACCGUUUUUGAAACUUUGCACCGAUGUCAGAAAUGCUGAAAUUCGUUGCGCUCUCCUCCUCUUGGUUAUGGAAGAGGAAGAAAGAAAAUUCAAUGAAGAAUUCAGCAAGUCUUUUGAAAUGUGGGACUGGGAGGAAGAUGAAGCAAACCAGUAGGUCCAGUACUGGGACAAGGGAAUGCAAAUUCUUCUGACAGACAUUCCAAAGGAGCUGUUUGUAACUUCAGAUGAGAACCUUGAAAUUAAAACGAUUCAAGCAGGGGGACUAGAGGCUGUAACUGCCAUGAAUUCAAGUAGCUCUGGGGAAAUGGGGAUUUUACAAUUGUCACUACAGCAACUUGAACCUUGGCAUGGGUCAAGGACUUUGGUGCACUUUGCCAGCCCACCUGGGGCUGCAAGUGCACUUUGCUGCCUUAAUUUUUGAGGGCUAACUCUUUUGUUUUGAAUGUGACAGCAAUUGGAACCCCAUUUGAGCGAGCAGUGGAGUUUAAGAGAAAAAGAGACGAAAAACUGGAUGGAGCCUGUUCAGGCAAAAGGCCUGCAACUGCUUACACUACUCCAAGUCGUCCCCCAAUUGGUGGGUUUGUGGCUGAGGCUCGCCAAAAUUGCCAUCCGUCAGCGGCUGCACUGGCUACUCAAGGAGCUACGUUCUCAACCAACGAAGGUACAUAAAUACAAAUGAGGGAAGCUGCUCAUGAUAAGGAGGCCUCAACCUCAUCAUGGGCACCAUCGCAGGUGGAGCUAAGGAAGUUCAGAUAAUAGAUUAUGGCUUCAAUCUAUAACUGAGCAAUAUGUAGUUAGUAGUCAAUUUUAAUACAUGCCAAAAACAACUACUGAAUUUAGAAGAGCAAUAGAGACACUCAUGACAGAAACUGCUCCCAAAAUAAACAAAAUAAAAAGGAAGCUCCGUGACUAGGUGAUGAGCCCUUGAGCUUGCAGCUGAGUUUUCACCUUCCCUCUUACUCCUAGCCUAGGGCUGCAGCUAACUUUUUCUCCAGAAACUGCUCUAUGUUUUGUAAUGGGAGCUGUUUUCUAGUUUGUUAUUUUGAAGAUUUUCUAUAGGUUCUACUGUUUAGGAUUUUCUUGUACGUUAUUUUGCUGUGUCUUAAUUUUUUUUAUUUUUUAUUUGGGUUAUAUCUGCAGUUAGCAAGUUGGUAUUAUGUGAUCCUAUUGUCUCUGCUUCAGAGCCUCAUGACCGUCUUGCCAUGCUAGGAGAAGCUACUGCUACUGCUGGAUCCUCUGGUGGUCCCACCACCCAGUCCUCCCCACACAAUGAAAAUUUUGAACUUUAUCUUCUUCCCCCUUUUAUGUCAUUUCUUACGAGAUAUGUCACAUGGAUGAUGCAGGUUUUUAUGUUUAUGUUGGAUUAUGGUAGCUAUGGAUAGCUAUUAUUUGGAAUGAUUUGAACUUAA